CAAAAGAAAACAUGCGCCCCCGUGCCUGGGAAGGGGAGGGGGCUUUCACUGACUAUCUGAUGCUGAGCUAGUGAGGCCAGUAAGUUGCGAAGGGAAACCCGUCCGUUCUUAUUCCUAGCUUUCCUGUUUCUUCCCGGACAUUUCUUUACCCCAUGUGAUAUGGCUGGUGGACCUUUGUCAAAAACACCGCCAAAUUCCCUCUGCCUGUCUUCCCCCUCAUGAUUCGCCCGAGCUGGAAGAGACAAAGAAAAGAAAUAAGAAAAACCCGAGAGCAGACUGGGUUGCCCCUAGUAAAACAAAACUGCCCUCCCUUCUGUUGCACGCUUGGCAGGCAUGGUGGAAGGCAUGGCCUGGCUCCGUGUAUCGUGUGUGCGAGUCCUCUGCAACGGGUGUUCGUGGCGAAACCACCAAUGUGCAGGAAGAGACGGAAGGCCGAGGCCAAAACUGGCAUGAGAUCCUCCCAUCGGCACCAGUGCAGAGACAAAAUCAUGGAUGCCUUGCGUCUGCCAACGCGCUGCAUUCUUGACUGCCUGUGGUAAAUAUCCUCCACACAAACUUGCCGUCCGAGAACCAAGAACAAAAAAAGAGCAUCGUGU